UACUUGUUGAGACUGACACACUCAGUUCUCUACUGAAGAAGUUCUCUAUACACUGCAAGAAGUUCCCUGUCAUAUACGAAGGAAAUCAGGUUUGCAUCCAAAUUCACAGUAAGUAAGCCUCACCGCGUAAGUAAGCCCAUAAAAUUAGUAUUUCGUAUAUGCUUGUAUAGUUUAAAAGUGACAUUGUUAGGCGUAGAUCAGAGCCAUGAUCAUGCAGAGGCAGAGGCUUCAUACGAAUUCAAUCCAAAAAACAAGUAUAGGCCUACAACACUUGUAAAAAACUUGUAAAGAAUCUUAACAGAAAAGUAAAAAUCUUAUAACGAAACAAGAUCAAUGUUAGACUACUUUUUUACCGAACGUUUGUCGGAUUCUAGCAUGCACAUCAUGAUAGCGUUUUGAUAGAAAAUAGAACUUUAAAAGCUCAUCAAAAUAGAACUAUCACGCAAGAAUAUGUUGCCUGUUGGACAGGUAAACUCCGGUUCAUGUGAUCUUCUCUUUUGAUGCGGCGCAGAAAACCAAUGGCAAUGCUAUAUAUGCCGGUGCAGAAAAUCAUGCAAUCACAUAAAUUCCCUUUUCUCGGCAGAUUUUUUUUUCUAUUCUUUUUUACUUUUCUGACUGGUAUAUAACACAUGAUUCAUUAUUGUAUAUAAAGAAUCAGCUCUGCAUGAGUAGUUGAGAAUCAGGGACUUGGCUAAGGGUUGCAAUUCAUCAUGAAAUCGGUCCGCCAAAUCACAGUGAGUUUAAUUUAGUGGCCAUACCCAUAGUAUAGUGGCCAUGUAUAUAGCGACGACAUGGUCUGUGAUGACUGUAAUUUUAGCAGGAAUUUCAUUCUUCAGUCAAUCCUCAUAGUUCCCUGUAUCACUCGAACGCCGAGCAGGUGUGCCACCGUAUAGGUAGUGACAAAAACACCAGAAAACUGCGGUGAUUAAUUGAUAGGAUUCAACUAUACCUGAAAAAGACAAGUAAAACGAGCGAAGGCCCUUCGUUCGAAACAACUUAACUUCCCAAUGGCAUGGGCGUAUGGGCCUAAUCUUUUUUUUUUGGGGGGGGGGGACAGUAUAGUUUGCCCAAACAUUAAUAUUUUUCCCCAAAAUUGUUGGCGAGCGGGGGGGGGGGAGGCACGUGCCCCCGGGUUCUCCCGGCAAUGAAGGAUCUUUCAGGUAGUCGAAUCGGCCUACCUAUCAAUCUGUAGUUUUCUGGUGUCCUAUACAGUUAUACUAAUAGCAGUUCUAUUUUGCUUUCUAUCAUUAUUUGUAUUUUAAUUGGCGUAUGAAUAUAUUUUCAGAAAUGGUUCGAGCAGUAUUUUUAAUCACGUGUCUGCUGUUAACUAUUCUUGGAGAAUGCCUAGCUAGCAAAGCACCUUCUACUAAGAAUUAUAACGAAUGUUUCCUAAAGUGUAAAGCUGACUUUUCAGAAGACUGCAAGUCUGGCAAUGUGAACAAAGCAGUGUAUUGUGGCGGCGACUCUGAUAUUUGGUGUCAGGAUAGCUGUGACUACCUCCAAACAAAACUGCCUGACGACAAAGUCGAUGACGACGAGCAGGAGCAUGACGAUCUCAAGAAGAGAGAGCUGGAUGAACUCAAGCUACUCAUUGGAGUUUGAAAACUGAUUGCUUUGCACAUGAUACGAGAAGUAGAAAUAGUAGACUAAAUAUUAUAGACAUGGAAAGGUGUAUAAACUGUAAGUCCAAUGUUCAUUUAACAAUAAAAUGCUGUCCAACAUAUUAAGACUGAUAAAAAUAAAGACUUAAAGCCAGGGCUGUUGGAAG